CUUCAUUUGGUGCUCCAUCUAUUCAAGCACGAUGACCUGAAACGAUUUCGCCGCAACCUACACGUGUCUCCUGCCACCUUUGAUGCUCUUCUUCAGCAGAUCAACCAGCACCCUGUAUUUUACAACCAGUCAAACAGCUCGCAGAUGCCAAUUCCCCAUCAACUCGCUAUUGUGCUGUACCGCUUUGGGCAUAAUGGAAAUGCAGCUGGUGUAGAGGCUGUUGCACAGUGGGCAGGGUCGUCAGCUGGGAUGGUGGUGAAGGCUACCAGGUGGGUGAUCAUCGCAUUUUUGGCUCUUCAUGACCAGGCGAUUCGCUGGCCAUCUGCAGCAGAGAAAGAGGAAGCCAAGGAGUGGGUAGAAGCAGCUGCCUGCACUGCAUGGAGAGACGGCUAUGUCCUCGUUGAUGGCACUCUGGUCAAGCUGGCAGAAAAGCCUGCCCGUCACGGCAAAGCUUAUUUUGACUGCAAAUCAAACUAUUCGCUUAACGUGCAGCUCAUCACGCUUCCAAAUCUGCGCAUAGUCGAUUAUGUUAUAGGCCAUUGCAGAAGUGUUCAUGACUCAACUGCCUUCAUGGACUCCCGCACCCAUAAAGAACACCACCAGCUCUUCAGGAAGGGUGAAUGGAUUUGGGCAGAUUCAGCCUAUUCUAUAGAGGCCUGGUGUGUGACACCGUUUAAGAAG